UUGAUGGAUGACCACUUUACUCGGUAUUUUUGUGUUUUUGUGAAAAUCUAUAUUUUAUUCAUGUGAUUAAUUUAAUCCGAAAUUCAUUUGGAUUUUGAAACGGUUCCUACAUAUUUUUAUGAAGAAUGCAUUACAGGGGAAGACCAUAUUAUUAAAACAUAUUCAAUAUUGUUGUGCUUGAAUAUCAUUAAGUUUAUGUAUAUGAUGAUAAUCUGGCGUCAGUAAGGAUGCUGCCGCUGCGUCUCCGGCGCGUGUUGGGGCACGAGGGCCGCCUCAACGACACGCUGUUCCAGCCGGCGGCGGAGCGCCCGCACACGGCGCUUCAGGCGCAGACGCUCGUCUACUUCGGCGGGGACGUUCAGGAUUACCCAGAAGUGAUGCAAGCGCACAGGGACAAUCGUAACUACCUGAAGUGGAACCUGGAGAACACGGCGCGCAUGCUCUCCCACAACUUUCCCAACAAACACAUAUUAGUUGUUAGGCCAGCUAGGAUAGAGUACAAAAGCUUCAGUUGUUACGACAACUUCGUGCCAAGCAACAACGCCGGCGUGCCCGACCACACGCCUACACACAGCGCAUUGCACCAUCUAGAAAGGUUACUUCAAGGUGUGAGCAGUAGAUUGAAAGCGAUGCCCACAUCUGAACUUUUGGAGGCUUUGACGUCAGUCUCUUUACCCGAGGAAAUCGACAUAGAAGACUUGCAUAAUGCGUCUAUUCACGGCGUCGGUCAGAGCAACUCGAACGGCUCGACAAAAAACGAUGCGGCUCAGGCUAGCAGCGCGGCAGGGUGCGAACCAGACCCAGACCCUCUAUGGUGGCGUGACAAACUAGCCUUAGACGAGAGUCGGCUGACUCUGGUGGGGUUCAGCAAGGGUUGUGUGGUGCUCAACCAGAUCAUCUACGAGUUCCAUUACACGCACACACUGACGCCGGGGGACGCGCACGCUGUCAGAUUCAUAUCCCGAAUCGAGGACAUGUUCUGGCUGGACGGCGGCCACGCUGGCGGGAAGAACACCUGGAUCACCUCCCGGAGUCUGCUGGAGACGCUGACGAGGCUUAAUUUGAACCUGUACGUCCACGUGUCUCCGUACCAAGUGCAGGACGAGGCGCGCCCCUGGAUCGGGCGCGAGGAGAAGGCGUUCACGUCGCUGCUGAGGAAACUUGGAGCCAAGGUGCAUCGUUACUUGCACGACCAGCCGGGCACCCCCCAAUCUCUGGCGAUGCACUUCGAGGUUCUCGCCAGGUUCAAACAAGUCCAGAACGACGCCAGCACAGCGCAUGACGAUGAUGAUGAUGAUAUGUAGUGGUGGUGAUGAUCACUAGCUUCCACCCGCAUCAGGUGCGGGAGCGUGAAAUGUCUAUGUCCUACAAUAUAUGUAUGUAUGUAUGUGUGCAUAAUUUUCUGGAUGGGUUUGUGUGACAGUGACAGGUUAAAUUGUAAAGAUGUGGUUACAUACACUUUUUUUUUGUAGCGAGACGUAUCAUAUAUUGAGCUGCAAAGAUUAUUCGAGAUUUACGUUUUGGGAAACUAACUCAACGAUACUAUAUUUUAUAUUAAUUAUAAUAUAUAGAUAUACAUUCAAGACCAAGGAUAUUUUCUUAUAUUUUCCAUCGUGACCAGACCGGGGAUCGAACUCGGGCCGCUCGGUUCAGAGGCGAGAGUCUGACUACUGCAACAAAUUUUGUACGUUAGUUUGAGUGCUAACCAACGCUCUUACAGUGAUGGGAAACAUCGCGAGGAAAUCUGCACAUUCAGGCAACUGGAUGUGUAACUAUGAUCUAAUAUGGGUUAGGUGCUUUUACAAAGGUUGUAAAGUUCGAUUGGAGUCGUUUCGUGUAAAACCUAAGUCAUCCAGGAUUGAAAGUCCUACUCCGGUCUCCUCUCCAGAGAGGUGAAGAUGUGACCGGGACUAAAGCCAGGAGGAAAAAAAGAAUUUGUGUUGUGAAACGCUAUGACAUAUUUUAAUGAUUUAAGAUACAGUAUUAUAUUUUUAGUAUAUCAAACAAGCCAUACUAGCGUGGGCGAUCAUUGAAUUGACAUGUACAAAUUGCUUUAAUUCUAUUUUGUUAGAAAUGUAUAUAUAGUUAAUAUUACUUCCUCAAAUUUGGCCUAAAUAUUAUUUAACUAAAGGCAAUCUAUUUUUUGGUAAAUUAUUAUUAAAAUCGUAAUCUGCAUUUAUUAUCACGUAAAUUGUAAGUAAUGAUUCAAAAUCCAGUUUAUGCUUAGUCAAAAUGUACUCUUAAUGGUUAGGUUUGAUGUAAAAAGUGAAAAAUCCACACUUCCAUAGUAAAGUUUAAAUAAUGUCCAAUUUAAAUAGGUUUAACACUCACGAACAGUUUUCAAAAGAAUCAUUUCACAUUUUCAAAUAAAUAAUUUUGUUUAAAAAAAAGACGAAUAUUAUAAAUGAUACAUUAUCUGUAUGCACCUUUAGCGAUUAUUGCUAUAAAUGGCCACUUAUGAUCGCUCAUUUAUUUAGAAUACCACAUAAUAAGCCCAGAUUACUAGCCUAUUAAAUCGCUUGUAAUAUUAUCUAGCAAUUUAACGUAGAACGGUAAUAAUUUACGUAUUUGUUUUAGAUUAAAUGUCUCUAAAAUCCAUAUCUUUAAAUACUGAAAAAAUAUAAAAUAUUUUUAAUAUUCCAUAUGACAUCUGUUCUUUAAUUUUGUCUUCUCGUGACUAUAAAUUUAUUUUGAAAUAUUAUUAUUAAAAGACGUACCUAUAUUAAGUUUUGUGAACUAUAGAAUUACUGCUUUUGCACGUGGCUUCGCUUCUGUGGGAAGUUCCAGAAUAAAACUAUCCUAUGUUGAAGACGGUCUUUUAUAUGUAUAUCUGUGCCAAGUUUUGUGAAAACCAAUCGAAAAGUUUUUUAGUUGUUACAAUCAUACAAAUCUUUUCUCAUUAUAAGUGUGGAUAAAUUUAUUUAUCAAUAUUUUUUUUUUACCUUUUUUAACACUUAAUAACGUAAAUAAAGAAAGUUACUGUAGGUUUAUUUACUAUGAGUUUUAUAUACACAUUUAUUAAGAAAAAGGUAAACAAUAAAAUUUUCCCUCUUAUCUUUAAUGCCUCAAAAUCUUUGAAUAGCGUAAAAGUUAUCAAUAAAUCGUCGUAAAAUUGUAAGCACUAAGUUUAUAACUUGACUAGUAAAUUAUAAACUGAAUGAAGAUGAGAUGAGAAACUAAUGUACGUUAUACAAAAGGUGUUCUCAAUUUUACGGUGUAAUGUAUGUUACGUACUAUAAAUGUAACGCUUUUAUUAUAAAAAUAUGAUUGUGAUAGAUUAAAUAUCAAUUAAAUUGUUGGUUUUAGUGUAUAGUGUAAAUAAAUUCGCUUGGAGGAUGUCAUGU